AAUUGAUCGGGCCACGUCGAGAAAAGCACCCACCCAUACGUUGUAGUGAACCAGUGCAGAGUAGACUCUCCACAAGGAUACAGAGACAGUAGGCUAUCACCUGAACUACCAUAAACCCUAUUAAGAGAUAUCAUUUACACUCCUGUUUAUUACAAUGGACUGCGCUUUUGAGCUCUUGGACGCUGUUGGUUUUCUGGAGAUUUGGCAACACUUUGAUGCAGACGAUAAUGGUUACAUUGAGGGCAAGGAGUUGGAUCACUUCUUCCGUCACAUGAUGACGAAAUUAGGUCCGGAGGAUAAAGUAACAGAGGAGAGGGUCCAGAGGCUGAAGCAGAGGUUCAUGUCAGCCUAUGAUGUCACCGCAGACGGACGCCUGCAGAUCCAGGAGUUGGCCGUGAUGAUCCUGCCACAGGAGGAGAACUUCCUACUGGUGUUCCACAGGGAAGCCCCUCUGGACAACAGUGUAGACUUUAUGAAGAUCUGGAGAAAGUAUGAUGCUGACAGCAGUGGAUACAUAUCAGCUGUGGAGCUGAAGGGUUUCCUGAAGGACUUGUUCCAGCAGCACGGGAAGGCUGUGUCCUCCAGCAAACUGGACGAGUACACAGACGCAAUGAUGAAGAUUUUUGACAAAAAUAAGGACGGUCGCUUGGAUCUGAACGAUUUGUCCAGGAUCCUGGCUCUAGAAGAGAAUUUCAUGCUUCAGUUCAAAAUGGACGCCUCCAGUCAAGAAGACAGAAAGAGAGACUUUGACAAAAUAUUCAACCACUAUGAUGUUAGUAACACCGGAGCUUUGGAAGGACCAGAGGUGGAUGGCUUUGUAAAAGACAUGAUGGAACUGGUCAGGCCCAGCAUCACUGGUCCAGAGCUGGACAAACUGAGGGCUGUGCUGCUGGGACACUGUGACGUCAACAAAGAUGGAAAGAUCCAGAGGAAUGAGCUAGCGCUGUGCCUGGGAAUGAAGCCCAAUAAGGCCUAGUCUUCCCCGUGCAGAGAAGACCUCUAACUACAGAUCCUUCCCUUCACUCUGAUGCAUCCAGAACACCUAGAACUUUAUGUCCAAUCUUCAAAAACAAAGAAGACAACAGCUGCCAGUGUUUUAGCAUGUUGUAGAACAAGCACUGUUCUGAAUGAUAUCAAUUGUCUUUUCUUGUGAUAGAUUCAAGAUAAUACAGAAUAAUACAGGUAGCCUACUGGUAAAUUGAUACAGAAUAACACAGGUAGCCUACUGGUAAAUUAAUACAGAAUAAUACAGGUAGCCUACUGGUAAAUUAAUACAGAAUAAUACAGGUAGCCUACUGGUAAAUUAAUACAGAAUAAUACAGGUAGCCUACUGGUAAAUGAAUACAGAAUAAUACAGGUAGCCUACUGGUAAAUUAAAGUGUAUCUAUUUGCAAAAGCAGGAGAAGGCUCAAUGUUCAAGACUGUGUUGUGAAUGAUGCUUAUAUUUUUAUGGUUGUGUUUUGUUGGCCUGGGCAUAGCUGGCUAUUGGACAAUUUGCAUGUAAGUGUAGUACUGUAUUGUACAUUAGGUGAGUUGCUGUUUUUAAUAUUAUAUGAUGAUGUUUAACAAUGAUAAUUAAAUCAAGAAUACUGGCA